AAGAGGAAGUGUGGGCGGGGCUUCCUCUCUGUGUGAAAAUGAAGAUGGCGGCUCUGUGCGGGGACUUCGCGGAGCUCGUGCCGCUGAAGAAACAGCUGAUCUCCGUGAUCACGCUGUGCAAAGAGCGCGGGCUGCUGCACAGCGCCAAGUGGGCCUCUGAGUUGGCGUUUGCUCUCGACCCGCUUCCUAAAGAUGAAGUACCACCAGCACCGGAUUUCACUGAGGAGGACGCUCAGGACCUGGACGCUCUCAUGCUGGCGAAGUGUUACUUCGACCUGAAGGAGUACGACCGGGCCGCUUACUUCCUGAAGGGCUGCUGCAGUCAGAAGGCGUACUUCCUCUACAUGUACUCUCGUUAUCUGUCGGGUGAGAAGAAGAAGGACGAUGAGACGGUGGACAGCCUGGGUCCUCUGGAGAAGGGUCAGGUCCGUAAUGAAGUGCUGCGGGAGCUGAGAGUGGAGCUCAGUAAGAAACACAUCGCUGGAGAGCUGGAUGGCUUCACACUGUACCUGUAUGGCGUGGUUCUGAGGAAGCUGGACCUGCUGAAGGAGGCGGUGGAGGUGUUUGUGGAGGCGAUUCACGCUCUGCCUCUUCACUGGGGAGCCUGGCUGGAGCUCAGCAACCUGGUGACCAACAUCGAGAUGCUGAAGUCUCUGUCUCUGCCGGACUGCUGGAUCAGAGACUUCUUCAUGGCUCACAUGUACACCGAGCUGCAGAUGAUCAAAGAGGCUCUGCAGAAGUACCAGAACCUGAUCGAGGCGGGCUUCUCCAAGAGCACCUACAUCAUCUCCCAGAUCGCUGUGGCCUACCACAACAUCAGAGACAUCGACCAGGCUCUGGCUCUCUUUAAUGAGUUGAGGGAUCAGGAUCCGUAUCGUAUCGACAACAUGGACACCUUCUCCAACCUGCUCUAUGUCAAAAGCAUGAAGCCGGAGCUGAGCUACUUGGCCCACAACCUGGUGGAGAUCGACAAGUACAGAGUGGAGACGUGUUGUGUCAUCGGUAAUUACUACAGUUUGCGCUCUCAGCACGAGAAGGCGGCGUUGUACUUCCAGCGAGCGCUCAAACUGAACCCUCGCUGCCUCGGAGCGUGGACGCUGAUGGGCCACGAGUACAUGGAGAUGAAGAACACGUCUGCCGCCAUCCAAGCCUACAGACACGCCAUCGAGGUGAACAAGAGAGAUUACCGGGCCUGGUACGGACUCGGUCAGACCUACGAGAUCCUCAAGAUGCCGUUCUACUGUCUGUACUACUACCGCAAGGCUCACCAGCUCAGGCCCAAUGAUUCUCGUAUGUUGGUCGCUCUCGGGGAAAGCUACGAAAAACUUUCACAGCAGGUCGAAGCAAAGAAGUGUUACUGGAGGGCGUACUCUGUGGGAGAUGUGGAGAAGAUGGCGUUACUCAAACUGGCGAAGCUCCAUGAACAGCUGAAUGAGUCUGAUGAUGCGGCUCAGUGUUACAUGCUCUAUAUCCAGGACAUUUUCUCCUGUGGGGAGCAGCUGGAGCAUGCUGAGGUGAGCACAGCGCUCAGGUAUCUGGGUCAGUACUACUUCAAGAACAAACUGUACGACGAGGCAUCGCUCUGCGCUCAACGCUGCUGCGACUACAACGACGCCCGUGAGGAGGGCAAAGCUCUGCUGAGGCAAAUCUCACAGGUCCGGGAUCAGAUCGAGACGCCAUCAGCUGAUCUGUUCGCGCCGCUCUCCAACAACAACACACCCGUCAGGAGGGUGUCUCCACUCAACCUCAUCUCAUUCACGCCCUGACCUUAACCCUCCAUCACAGCUGUACAUGUGUUCAUACACACACGUAAACACAGUCAGUGUGUGGAGUGUCAUGAAGUGUAAAUAUGUAAAUGAUUUCAAUAAACAAACUUUCAACAGAC